ACAGAAUUUCACAAUAAACGUCAAUGACAGAACAAUCAAUGAGCUCCAAAAAUAUGUUCCUAGUCAUUCUAGUCUUGAAUCUCCCUAAUAUCGUGCACCUCCUUGAGAUACAGGUAGAUUCUAAGGACAAAAGGGAGGUAUGCGCUGAACGGAUGAAUUGUAUCUCUAGUAAUAUUGCUCUUAAAGCCGCUGCAGAAGCUAAGGCUGCCGAAAAUGCACAGUUUGGCGCUGCCAACCGAGCAGCUUUUAAAAUAAAAGAACAGCUGGCAGAGAAGGCUUUCGAGGCUGCUAAAGCUGCACAGGCCGCAGCUGCAGUGAAAUCAGCUUUGGUUGAAGAAAUUAUGAGGGAAACAGAAGCUGUCAAAGUAGUGAUACUGGAAUUAAUGAGGAGUAAGAGGAGGAUUGAACAGGCUAUUGAGGGACAGUUGAGAGCUCUGCAAAGCGAUAAAUCGGCUUUUAACAUUCUUGUGACAGCUCUACAUGUGGCACAAGGUACUUGUGCGAAUGCAGAUUCAGCUUUGGGAGGUAUUCAUAACGAUUUGCUUGAAAAAGAAAGGAUACUUCAGAGUGCUCUUUAUCGCACUAAUGUUCUCGCUACAGAAGAGCAAUGCGCAAGGCAAGAUUUGGCAACUACGAAGUGUGCAGCAAGAAAUGCAUUGAUUGCAGCUAAUGCAGCUAGGGCUAAUGCUAUGAGGGUAAAGCGUUCGGAGGUGGCUCACAACACUUAAGCUUUCAGGAACGUCUAUAUUAAGAAUAUUUCUAUAUUAUACUUUAUACUGUUUCAACAUAUCACAAUUUUAUAUUUUUAUGUUAUGAAACUUAAAUUAAAAUCUACCUUUUAUUGA